AUGUCGGACAUGGAAAGGCAGGCGACGAGCGACUCGCCCUCGGAGGAAGAGCAGCCCUCUCGCCGGCAGCUGCGCCAGGCGCAGAAGCGAGAGCAGCAGGAGGCCCAGAGAGGAAAGAAAAAGGGGAAAAACGCCAGACAUGUGGGGGAUGACGCGACGAAAGCCGGACAGGAAGUUGAGACGACGCAAACUGGAGACGGAGCUGAACAGGACACACGGCCCCCCCAAGGAGGAAAUGUUCAAAACGGUGGAUGGGAACAUGACAAGCAACCGCCCAUCACAGGUCCCAGCCCAGUCGUUUACUGUGGAGUCUGCGGCGGACCCCCAGACUUUUGCGAGUUUGGAGCUCAGUGGCCUGAGUGCAAGGCGUGGAUUGAGAAGAACCAUGCCGAACUGCUCCCCUUCUGCUGCCCCGCGAAUGUUUCGCAAGGCGAAAACGGAGACACAACGGCUGUUGACGCAACGGACGCUGCUCUUGCCGAGGGCAUCCAGCAGUUGUGUGUGGGCGGAGAGGCGAAGGGCGCCCUGGGAGACGCGGAAAAUGACACGAAGAAGGGGGGCAAGAAGAAGGCCGCAAAGCCGAACAUCGUGACAAUUCAGCGCCAGAGCCGGUCGAAGCGGAAGACUGCCACCGUCAUCACGGGCCUGGAUUUGUUCGGUGUUAAACUCGAUAAGGCUGCAAAGCUCUUUUCCAAACAAUAUGCAUGUGGAGCGUCUGUCUCAAAAGGCGUCCCCGGUCAGCCUCAGCAGGUCGAAGUCCAAGGCGACGUUGAGGAGGAGAUUGCCGAGUUAAUUCAAGAAACAUUUGAAAUUCCAGAAGAGAGCAUUCAGCUGCUCCCGCCGAAGUAAUCCGCGUAGCCAAUGUCGUGGGAGGGGAGGGGGGAAAAGGCGGACAGGUAGUGAACACCCGACGGAUUGCGAUGCGGUUGGGUUCUCGCUCCUUUGUAGGAGCGGUGAGGCAGCAGUCCUCUUGUUUUCAUUUCGUGGCAUGCGACACGUAUAGACAUUCACGCCGCGUCGUGUAAAUCAACGUACACAGAAGGAUCAACAUCAGCGGCGGCAAAGCUCAGAUGAGCCCUGCUUACGGAUAUGUCGGUGAUCGGACCAGUACUACAGUGCCAGCGUGUGACAGCAGUCGAUAUUGCU